AAAUUCUUUAAAUACAAAAUUGGAAAUUUAAGUAUUUUUAAAACCACGAAGAAUAGUUUCCAGCGUAUGGUGUAUGAAAUAUUACAAUUCAGAGGGGUGAAAUAAAGUAGUUGCAUUCUUCCAAUGAUGAAAUAAUUCGAAUUUUUAAGUCAAAAUACGCUUCAAAAUAUAAUAAUUUAAAUUUUUCAGAAAAAGUUUCGAUUCAAUUUCUUCGAUUAAGACAAAAAUAGCUCCCAAGUUAAUUAUAUCGACUGAAGGUUAUAAAGAAUCUGAUGUGUCAGUUGUCUCUCCGACUAGAAGAAAACUGCCAAAAACUCCGGAUCAAUUGGGUCAACAACACAGUACGGUUUGUGGUGAAGUAGGAGUACAAAUCUGGUAUAACCAAGAUGGAAACGAUCUGGUUGUGACAGUUCUAGCAGCAAGAGGGUUAAGGAGAAGAAAGUCUUCCUCUGCUGCACUCCCUAGAGCAUUUGCUAAAAUUCGCUUGGUCCCUCACUCUGCUUACAAUACCAUGAAGACUGCUGUAGCAGAACCUACUUGUAAUCCCGAAUGGAGUAAAACUUUUAUAUUUCCGGAAGUAACUUCGGAUGAUAUCCUGGAAUCGGUGUUUGAACUGUCCAUCUGGGACCACUGUCCAUUAGGUAGCAACGUUUUUCUAGGAGAGUUACAGCUACCUCUACGUAAAGCGGAUCUUCAAGACUGUCCCGAAUGGUACCCCCUUUCUGCCCACCAACAAACUCCCGUCGCUUUAUCGCCCACUCACAAAAUAACACCCCCAAGUUUGGUACCUUCUACACCAGCACACGAUAUUGCUCGAAGGAUGCUGCAGCGUGGUACUGAAGAAUAUUCCCAAUCGCUAACUUAUGAUGAAAUUAAAGAUGAGAGCAGUCUUCCUCCAGAGAAUAAAAACAUGCAAAGAAGCUCUUCCAUGGAUCUAACGCUGCUGCAUCCGGAUGAUGCUUGGGAUCGUCAUCCGACGCAACCUAGCAGCGGCAAUCAGGAAAGAAAGCCAUCGGCGCCGUCCGUCGUCACUCGAGUGAAGUCUACCCCUCCCAGUAGAAGAAGCUCCAACAAUUUGGUAUCUCAGGACAGUCUUCCAGGUACAUUUCCUUUAAAGAUGCUCUCUCUUUCUUUUCCUCUCUCUACAUUUCAAGAGAUAAUUAGAAAAAAGAGUUACUCCUUUUGAUAACUUUUCUUCGUGUUAUGUAUUAUUGUAAAUAUUCGUUUGUCGUU